UUACUAUUCAUUGGGUGUUCCAAUCGCCGCCCCCGGAUUCUGUGGCUGCGGACUUUGUUCCACUCUAAGCCUCCUAGGUUAGUGUCUUGUAGUUUCCAAGCUCGACGGCCAAGUCAAUGAGGCGUUCAACCACUCGAUACGACUGAUUGGUCGCCAGGGCAGAAGCUGGGCUGCUUGCUUGCUGUUGGCAAUUUGAUUUAUCAUUCUGCAUGUUUUGCUUAGCUUACGCCCAGCCUGGUUAACAACCUCUUCAGUUAUAUGGGUCUGCGUCCCAGCAGCUUGGUUCGACGUGUCAGUUUGGAUUACGGUGCCAACGUCAUCCGGGUAUAACUUCACAUCCCCAAUUUGCCUUCUUGAAAACCACGUUUGAUUUCACGACUCUUUUCGCACAUGAUUUCCUUCGUUUGUUAACUGGCUGAGUGUAUCUAAUUGCUAUAAUUGUCUUAGGGUUUCUUUUUGAACAACCGAUUUACAUUCAUUUUAUCUUCAAUCUCAUUUUGAGAUUACUGUCAGAUAAGCGGGCCCCCAUGGCUUCUCAACAUUCAAGUAAUACAGAGGGCGAAGAUGCCCAAGAAGAGAUGAUCAUGUCCGAUUCCCAUGAGAUGACCUAUGACCCAGAUCAAGAGUCGGCGAGAUUACCAGCUCCGCCCUACGACCUUAACAACUUCCCUUUUACAUUCGAACAGGCGUGUGACACGUCCCGCUCUAUGCAUAUUGAACCUGAUAGCGACCCUUCAAAGUCUCCAAGUUAUGACUGGGACGGCGAGUCAAUAACGAGCAGUGUCACAGCGUAUAGAGAAGAAAAUGGCAGGACAUAUCAUGCAUACAGUGAUGGGUCCUACCACUAUCCCAACGAUACCGUGGAACUUGAGCGGCUCGACUGGCAGUACAUAUGUUUAAAACGCCUAUUCAACGACAAAAAUUACUUCGCGCCAUGGUCCCAAGAACAACCUCCUAAGAGGGUAUUGGAUCUGGCCACAGGAACAGGCAUGUGGGCGAUCGAGAUGGCUGAAGAAUUCGAAUCAUCAACUGUCAUUGGGACAGACCUGUCGCCUAUCCAGCCUGAAUAUGUUCCGCCGAAUGUGCAUUUCUACAUCCACGACGCGAGACUGGAUGAGUGGUGGUGGCCAGAUCCUUUUGACUAUAUCCAUGGUAUACGGAUGGCCCUGGGUGCAUGGGAGGACUUUGAAACCGACGUAGCUCGAAAAGCCUACGAUCACUUAGAACCUGGCGGUUGGUUCGAGGCCCAAGAGCUACUCCCAACUCUUGGUUGCGACGAUGGAUCGAUGCCCGACGACUGGGCUCCCAACCUGCUCUUUAACGACCUGGAAGAUUGCGCGAGGAGAGAACAGCGACCGCUGGACAUUGCCAAAACAUAUAAGCAGGGGCUGAUCAACGCGGGUUUCGUGGACGUCUCGGAGCAGGUUUACAAGAUCCCAAUCAACGGGUGGGCGAAGAGUAAGAACUGGAAGACGCUCGGGGACCUGUGGAAUGUGAACUGCCUUGAUGCGAUACAAGGCGUGGCCAUGGCUCUUCUGCAUCGUGCACGUGGAUUAAAACGGCAUCAAAUCGAGGUAGAUAUUGACCUUUUCUUCCCUAAGCCGGGGUGGUGUGAUAUUGGACUAGCGCUGACCACGCCGCAGAUACACCUGAUGGAAACGCGUCGAGGACUUUCGGAUAAAUCCGUUCACGCUUACCAAAGCUGCUACGUUGUACUGGGACGAAAGCCGUUGCCACAUGAAAUUAUACCAACAUCUCCGGAGCCUCAUUAAAUGAACAUGAAUGCCAUGUAUACGUCUGUUAGAUUCUAUUCAUUGUUAUAUAUUUAUUUGUCUUAACAUAAUGAUAUGAAGUUCGUCGGUCAGGAUUUGACUGAAGAUGCCCCAGUCCAAGGCUAUGUCUAUGUCCUCCGUAUGCUCCACCGCUUUCGUGAAGACGCAGGGAUCAUAGAACAAAAUCCUGGUUCUAUCUGACCUAGUGACAAGGAAAAGAGAAAUCAAGAUCGAGAUAGCAUUUGUUACCUGAAUGCCUUUCUGUGACUCCAAUGCUUAGAUACAGAAGGGCAGGUAGCCCUGACCUCGCCCUGACCUAAG